AUGGUUCAAAAGAAAAAGAAUAAUAAAUCAAAAACCACUACAAAUGCAUUAGCAGUUGAUGGAUUUAAUUCCAUGUUUUCAAUGUUUGAAUCAAACCCAGAUGAUUCAAAUGAAAAUAAAAUUGAACCAUUAAUUCUCACCACACAAAAUAAUGAUCUUGAAAAACUUGAUAAUGAACCAAAACCAAAAAAUCCACCAAAAAAAUUAAAAAGAAAAUUAUUAAUUGAUCAACCAUCAACAACCACAACAACAACAAUCGAAAAUAAUAAUAAUAAUAAUGAAAUAACAAUAAAAAAUAAUAAUAAUGAAAUUAGUAAAAUUUUAGAUUUUAAAAAAAAAGAAUUGGAAAAUAGAGAAUUGGAUAUAAUAGUAAAAGAAAAAGAAAUUAAAAGACAAAGAAAAGAUAUUAAAGAGGAAAUGGAUAAAAUGAAAGUAGCAUUAAAUAAACAAAAAGUAUUAUUAGAACAAAAUAAGAAUUCAACAGUAUCAAUUGCAAUACCAUCAAAUGCAUUAUCAGGUAUUCAAAGUGAAGAGAUGAAAACCUAUAUAAUUGAAAUGAUAUCACGUCAAGUUACAAUGAAUAAAAUUGAUGAAAUAAUUGUAUUUAAAACUGAUGAUUACAAUGAAGAAGAUUCUCAACAACAAUCAGAUUUAAAUCUACUAUUAAAAGUUUUAGAAUAUAUUGAAACUCCAAGUUACUUACGUGAUGAACUAUUCAAUACUUUAGAAAAGGAUUAUUUCAAUGUUGAUAAAUUAAAUUCAAUCAAUAGUUGUCAACAACAACAACCUAACGACGAACAAUUAUAUAGAGAGGGUGUAGUCACAAAUCAACAUUGGAAAAAUCAGUCAAUUGUGAAUGUCGGAUUAGAGAAAUUAGUUUUAAUUCCAAAACGUUUAAAUCCAGGUACAAGAUUAACUAUUGAUAUAAAGAAUUCUUCAAAUGGUGAUGAUGAUGGUACAGGCGGUGGUGGUGAUGGAAAUAGAGAAACUAAUGAUAAAUAUAUAAAUGGUAAAAUCAUUUCACCAAGUGAUAUUAAAAAGGAAGGUUAUUAUUGGGGACACCAUAUUCGUUUAGUUGAUUCAUUAGCAAAGGUUGCAUCAACUUGUCAAUAUGAAGAUACUCAAAAUUAUGAUUACAUUAUUAUGCAUUCUCAAUAUGGUGAACAAUUCCCAUCCUAUACUGAUGUUGUAAUAAAUAAUGCAAAGAAAUAUAACCAUCUUUUAGUUAUUUUCGCUGAUGCAAAUGCAAGUUCAACUGUAAAUCCUGAAUUUAAAUUAGGUAGUGAAGUUUUAGUACCAGAUACUCAUAUCAAUACUCUUGUAGAUUUUAAUAUUAAGAAAUUACGUUUUGAAGAAACUUUAUCAAUUACACUUUCAAAAUUAAAAAGUACUUUUUAUUAUUAA